CUUGUCAGCUCACAAGUUUGACUUUCUUCCUCUUCCCUUGGUUGGGAACAGCUGAGCCGUGGGAGAAUUGGCUGGAUUGCUACACGCAUGUCCCCUGCUGCCCGAGAAUGUGAAACUUCCCCCCCCCCUCCAGACCUCCAGACCGACCGUUCAUGCUUGCGCCACGAGGCUGAAUCUUCUGUGUCUCUUUUCCUACUUCUCUGCCUCGCUAACUCUCCUCUCUUUUUGCUGCGGUCAUUUUUUCUUCCCUCUGAUCCACGGUGCCUCCCUUUCUUCACGCGAAUGACAGCUCAAAUCGCAUCCCCCCCCCCUUGUGCUAUUGCUGUGCCUGGCCGUGAAUCGAACCACUCAACUCAUCUUGCCGCCCUGCUUGUCUUCCCCUCCUCCACUCCCCCCCCCUCCUCCUUCCGCCGCAUCUGACUCGUCUGCUGCCCUCACCCUACGACAACCUGCCCUUCUUCCCCCUCUCGGCCUCUUCUUAACCUUUGUUCCUUUCUCCCGGCUGGGU